AUGCGCACGCAAGAUAUGGACGGCUACACUCACUCGAGUCCUUUCGAUGAGGGCUUCGUGCAAGCUGGAGAAAUUCAUAAGGUAUACUACGCUCAACACGGAAAGCCUGAUGGGAAGCCUGUGAUCUUUCUGCACGGCGGACCUGGCGGUGGCACCUCUCUUAGAGACACACGCUACUUCGACCCGUCAAUCUAUCGCGUGGUGCUCAUUGAUCAACGCGGUGCUGGCAAAUCGACACCACUGGCGGACGUCAGGGAGAACACGACGCAACUCUUAAUCGAGGACAUUGAGACAUUGCGCCAGAAGCUGCAAAUCACUCAAUGGGACAUCGUCUUUGGCGGAUCCUGGGGCUCAACUCUGUCCCUCGCUUAUGCCGAAGCACAACCUGAAGUCUGCAAAGCCGUCGUGCUGAGAGGCAUCUUCCUAGGUGUUGAGUGGGAGUUCGACUGGACUUUGAGGGGUACAGGACCUGCGAUUCUGUUCCCUGAUGCGUGGGAGAAAUUUGUGGGCCAUCUUGGCGACGCAUAUGAUGGCAAAGACCCGGUGAAGGCAUACGAGAAGCUUCUCUUUUCCGACGACGAGAAGACCAGAGUCGAUGCUGCGAGAGAGUGGAAUAGAUGGGAGCUUGGGAUAAGCAACUUGGUCACGCCUGGUGACGUCUGGGAGAAGCUGGGGCCAGAGCACGAUGGAUGGAACUUACAGCAUGCACGUAUUGAGUGCCACUACUUUAUGAAUGGUUGCUUCCUGCGCGGCGACAAGCUCUUGCUGAGAGAAGAGAAUGUCGGGAAGCUGAGGAAGCUCGAAGUUUAUAUAGUUCAAGGCCGAUAUGACAUUGUUUGUCCUCCGAAGGCUGCAUGGGCCUUGCACAAAGCAUUACCGGACUCGAAGUUGUACUUCACCCAGGCUGGACACAGCGCCAACGAGCCUGCCACUCAAGCGAAGCUGGUGGAAAUCUGCGACGAGCUGGCAAAGCGAUGA